UUUGAAAUUGUAUACUUAAUAAAUAAUAAAAUUGGAUACCUAAUACUAUAGUAGAUAUAAUUUGUAAAGUGGGAUACAUUUUACUAAAACCCAAUUUUACCCCCCUCAUUUGAAAAGUCACUCUCUCCCUCUCUUCGUCCCCUAUUCUCUCAAACCAAAAUUCGCCCAAACGCACGGAUGAGCAGACCCGACCCCUCUCCACCUCGUACGACCGAAGCCCCAGCCCCCUCUCCACCGCGCAGCACCAAAUCUCCAGCCCCCCUCCACGGCGUACGAACGUCCAGCCACCCUCCACCGCGUACGACCCAAACGGAAAUGGCCAAGUCUUCCAAAGUUCCACGACUUUUACUGCCAGUGUCUGAACAUUACACUGGUCGUGUUACUUGGCGGGGCGGUAGUUACUAUUACCCCAAAGUAAAAGCCAAGUUUGUACAAAUGCAGUUGUUGGAAAGGGUGAAGGAGGAAUCCCCUUUCAACAAUUUUUUUGAGAGAGAGCCAUUAGCGUUUUCAGGUGCUCUUAUCCAUCAGCUCUUCAUGCAUAAGAUAAAAUCAGAUAAAGAUGAUGAGGUGCAUUUUUAUAUUGCAAAGAAGAGAUGCCGAUUCGGCCGAACUGAGUUUGCCUUGGUGAUUGGGCUUAAUUUGUUACGUGGACCGACUGAGGCUGAGGUUUCGGAGAGGGCGACGUCAGACCGUUUGAUAGUAGAAUAUUUUAAUGGGGAUCCAUCUAUCAGCAUUGGUCGUCUGCGCAUCGUCUUUGAGAGCUGCACUGAGAAGGAUGAUUGUUACAAGUUGGGUUUGGUGCUGUUCGUGAUGGGUGUUCUGACUGGGAAAGAAGAGAAGACCCCGGUUCCCCCAUUUAUCAUUAGAAUGGUUGAGGACCUCCCUUUUUACUACAAUUACCCGUGGGGGAAAAUUUCUUUCAACUUGUUGAAAGAUACUUGGAGUAAGGAGUUCGUACAAAAGAAAAAGCAUAUGGAUGAGAAGAUUGAGAAGGGAACGACUCAGAAGGAGUCAAAGUAUUCGGCCUAUGGAUAUGUUGUAGCAUUGCAGUAUUGGGCUUAUGAGUCCAUCCUCGAGCUUGCUGAGAAAUUUGCAAUCAGAAGAUCGCAUCGCUUUCCCCGAAUGGUGAACUGGGAGAGUAAGGAUGCCCCACUCGGGAAAGAGGAAUUGACAGUGUACUCCGUUUUAUGUCCGCGGAGUAAUGAGGCCGAGUUUUUGAGCCACGUCACUGGAGGUGAGGCGCCUCUAUUUGUGGAUAUGGAGGAAUUGGUUAUUGGCAAUGAUGGCCAGCCUACUCAGGAUAGUUUGCGCAGCCAAGCUUCAAAGCUUGCACUCACGCUAGAACAGCGAGCGGAGGAAGCUGGAAUCUUCAGAGAUGAUACACCACCACAUUCUCCACCAUCAGGGGCCCCCGCAUCUAUUCCCAGCACCUCACAGCCUCAGGUGCCAAUAUCUUCUGCCAUAUUGGCAAGAUUGGAGCGUGUUGAAAAGGAACAGCUUGCUUUGAAGCAAGGCCAGACUGAUAUUUUGAAAGGGCAGAUUGAGAUAAUGGGUUACUUGAAGACCCUAUUGGCUCUUAUGGGAGAUCAGAGAAGGCCCAGCGCAGAGGCAGAGCCACAGCCAGACGCCGUGUCUCCAGGAGAUGAGUUCAUUCUUCCGAAUGAUUACAGACCUAAUGAUGUGGAAGAUGUACUCCAGACACCUCAGAACAUGUCGGUCACGUCCAUUGGAGAUACCCAAGAUUCAGAGGUUCAGGUUUUAGAGACCGUUCCAACACCGGUGGAGAAGAGAACGAAGAAAAGGCCAAGGUGGUUUGACGAGUACACCGAAAUGAAGAAGAAGAUGAAGCCAUCAACAACCAAUGUGAAUGUUGACCCACUUCGGCCCGUUGAUGAGAAGCUACUACAUAGUUUUCGAAAUUGGUUAGUGGGAACCAUCGGAAACAAGUAUCCGAGGGACGUCUUCACCGGUCUGUGUGGCGUGGCUUGGUUCUCGACCCUAAAUACAGACAAACUAUGGCUUUCUGAUGACCAUUUGGAUGCUGCUUUCCAUAUGAUGAGGAGGAGGCAACACUUCUUCCCGGAGUUGUACCCACGUAAGUGUACUGUCAUGCCAUCUUGGUUUACCUCAUCGUUGAGGGGUCGGUGGGAUGCUUGGAAGAGCAAUACUGACCAUGAUGGUUUUGUUUGGGAUGAGUCCAUCUUGGAACUCCUUCGUGGGGAUCCAAACCAAUUUUUGCCUUCUUGGAAGGGUAUGGAGUGCAUAUACAUGGCCAUGUUCUUGAACGGACAGAAACAUUGGAUCGCUAUGGAGGUCAAUCUUGAGUUGUGGAAGAUAUUCCUCUUCGAUUCGAGUCUUGGAUCUCUAACGAAAGACGAACUGAAUUCGCUUAUGGAUGUGUGGUGCCCUUUACUAGCCAAAUUGGUGGACCAGUGUGGUGUAUGUGACACUCAUUACAUGGUGAUGGUCCCUCAAAUGACAGCCUCCGAAAGCCAGGUCAGACCCUUCGACUGGGAUAUAAUGGACAAUAAAGUUGUACCUCAGACAAAAUCGAGCGGCGAUUGUGGAAUGUACGUCAUAGAGCAUAUUGAGCAUAAGUUAUUGGAUCUACCAUUCGAUGGAGUACAUGAUCAGCAUAUGUCGCUCUUUCGCCUGAGAUGGGCAGUAGAUUUAUUCUACCAGAACUUGGCAUGAACUUUAGAUGUUUAAUUUUUUAUAUUUGUUGAACAAUGUUUACUUUUACACUUUUCAAUUUGAACAAACUACUUUCACUAAAAUUAUUUUAUUUUAUCAGUAGAACUUGUUUUUGGCUCA